UCUUUGCAUAUUUUAGAUGAAAAUUAAGAAAAUAAAUUGUGCUGCUACCACACGCUUAAACAAGAUGACACGAUAAAAACGUAAUGGGUUGCUUGUGGACAAUUCUUUCUGAUAAAAUUUUGCACCUGGCAGGCUUGUUUUGUGGGAGCUUUCAAAUAGUUUCAAGCGCCUUCUAUAGGACGCCUGGCGAAGCUACGUAGCACACAUCGGCAACCAGGCUAGUUCAUUAGUUGUAAUUCUGCCUGAAGUCGCGAAAGCGUGAGCUCGGGGGAUAAGAGAUGUGGUGGCAAUUGACUGUUGCUGUAUCACAUUAAAGUCUGAGUAAAUAUCCUAAAUAAGAUCAUUUCCCCAGAAAGUGUAACCCGGUAUUAUCGACAGUAGUAGAUUUGAAAUAGUUACCGCUUUUUAAAAUUGGAUUUCAGUGAAGAAUUAGCCUAUGGAGAAACUGUGGGUCUCCACAUGAAUGAUUCGCCUACUUUUCGAACGAAGGCUGAAAUCAACAAAGGCACAUUAACCAUCUGAAGCAGGACAGCAUGGCCAAGAUGAGACUCAGCCUGUUCAUGUGGGAGAUGAGCUUGGCCAUCAUUCUCUUCUCUUCUGAUGUCCAGACGGAAGCAAGCCAGUCACAAAGUGUCUACUUCCUUCCCGAAUUCGCACUGUCUCCACAGGGGAGCUUCCUAGAGGACACGACUGGGGAGCAGUUCCUAACCUUCCGCUAUGAUGAUCAGGCAUCCAGGACCACACGCUCGGAUGAGGACAGGGACAUUGGCUGGGAUGCCUGGGGCACCUGGAGUGACUGCUCUCGUACAUGUGGGGGCGGAGCUUCCUAUUCACUACGCCGUUGUCUGAAUGGAGGGAACUGCGAUGGUAGAAACAUUCGGUACAGAACAUGCAGUAACCGGGAUUGCCCGGUGGAGGCCGGGGACUUCAGGGCCCAGCAGUGCUCGGCCCACAACGAUGUUAAGUACCAGGGGCACACCUACGAGUGGGUCCCUGUGACCCAUGAUCCCACUGCCCCAUGCGCCCUCAAAUGCCAGGCACGGGGCAAGAGCUUGGUGGUGGAGCUGGCGCCCAAAGUGCUGGACGGCACACGCUGCAAGACGGACUCCCUGGACAUGUGCAUCAGCGGCAUCUGCCAGGAAGUGGGAUGUGAUCGGCAACUCGGGAGCCACGCCAAGGAGGACAACUGCGGCGUCUGCGCGGGGGACGGCUCCACUUGCCGGCUGGUGCGGGGACAGACCCCGUCACACGUCUCUCCUGAAGAAUCUGUGAAGACUGUGAUCGAAGUGCCCCUGGGAAGCCGUAGCAUGAGAAUCACAGCAAAGGGUCCCAAUGCCAUCUUACUGGAGUCACACACUCUUCAGGGGCACAAAGAGGAACAUAGCUUCAGCUCACCAGGCCAGUACAUCAUAGAGAACACCACUGUGGAUUUCCAGAGAGGAUCGGAUAGACAGACGUUACGGGCCCACGGACCCCUGACUGCAGACUUCAUCUUCAAGGUAAAGUAUGUGUCUGCCCGGGACACUCUGGUUCAGUUCACGUUCUACCAGCCCAUCCGGUACCAGUGGAGGGAGACGGACUUCUUCCCCUGCACCGUCACCUGUGGAGGAGGGUACCAGCUCAAUUCAGCCGAGUGUACGGACAUCCGCUUCAACCGCGUGUUGCCGGACCACCACUGCCGCAAUUAUCCCGAGAACAAGAAGCCCAAACCCAAACUGAAGGAGUGCAACAUGGACCCAUGUCCUGAAAGUGAUGGCUUCAAAGAGGUGAUGCCGUAUGACCACUUUCAGCCACUUCCACGCUGGGAGCACAAUCCGUGGACCUUGUGCUCAGUGUCGUGCGGAGGGGGCAGCCAGGAGAGGAGCGUGAUGUGCGUGGAGGAGGACGUGCACGGCCAGAUCUCUCAGGUGGAGGAGUGGAAGUGCACGUACUCCCCUCGCCCCGAGGUGCAGCAGAGCUGCAACACUUUCGACUGCCCUCAGUGGAUGGCCAUGGAGUGGUCUCAGUGCACAGUUACCUGUGGCCGUGGCUUGCGUUACAGAGUGGUUCUGUGCAUUGAUCACAGAGGGCAGCACACCGGAGGGUGCAACGCAGGGCUGAAGCCUCACAUUAAGGAAGACUGCCUGGUGCCCGUUGCAUGCUUCAAGCCUCAAGAAAAACCUCCUGUGGAAGCAAAGCUGCCGUGGUUAAAACAAGCCCAUGAACUGGAGGAGCCAAGAGCUGCUUCGGAGGAGCCAACGUUUAUCCCCGGGCCGUGGUCGCCCUGCAGCGCCACCUGUGGGCCGGGUCACCAGAGUCGCGAGGUGAAGUGCAGGGUACUUCUGACCUUCUCGCAGACGGAGGUGGACCUGCCGGACGAGGAGUGCGGGGCAGAGAGGCCUUUGUCUGAGAGGGCCUGUACCCCCCGGCCCUGUGGGGGGACCCCAGCCCUCCGCCCGCCCCUCGGACCUGAGCGCCAGGGCGAGCAGCGCUACAGCUGGGAGUACGCAGGCUUCACUGCCUGCUCUGCAUCCUGUGCAUCCGGGAAACAAGAAGCUGCUGUGAAAUGCCUGGACAGCGAGAGGCCGGAGGAGGUGGACGGUGGUCUCUGCGACCAAUCAAGCCGGCUGCCCACGAUGAUGCGAAUCUGCAACUCCCAUCCCUGUCCCCCAAGGUGGGAGUUCACCCCGUGGACCCAGUGCUCAGCAACGUGUGGGGUGGGCAUCCAGACCAGAAGCGUCUUCUGCACUCAACUGCUGUCCUUCGACCUGGGGGACACCGCCUCCGUGCCCGACGGGAUGUGCCAGGAAUUCAGGCCGCCUAUUCUCAGAGCCUGCAACCAGGUGGACUGUCCCCCGACCUGGCAAGCUGAGGAGUGGCAGCAGUGCUCUCACACUUGCGGAGGAGGGACACAGUCACGCAAGGUCCACUGCAAGCAGCUGCUCUCAAAUGGUGACUUCAGAAAAGUCACGGACGAGUCCUGUCAAGAGGUCAAGCCUGCGGCUCACAAGCCCUGUGCCCGAACAGAUUGCCCCCCUCAGUUGGUGGGAGGAGAAUGGUCAAUGUGCUCUGUGACCUGCGGGACGGGGAUCCAGAAGAGGGAGCCAGUGUGCCGCAGGCUGACCUCCGGUGGGCAGCUGGUCACCCUGGGUGAGGAGGCCUGUGACGGUCUCCCCCCUCCGCCCAUCAUCAGAAGCUGCCGCCUGAACGCCUGCUCUAAGCACAAGAAAGAAAAGAAACCGAAGCAGUCAACAAGACGCGGCCCUCAGAUCCUGGGCCUCCACCGCAUCUACAUCCAGACCCGGCAGGAGAAACGCAUCCACUUCACCAUCGGGGGGCGUGCCUACCUGCUUCCCAAGACCUCCGUGGUCAUCAAGUGCCCAGUGCGGAGGUUCCAAAAGAUGAAUAUCAGCUGGGAGAAGGACGGCCAGGCCCUGUCCAAUUGCAAACGCCUGGGUAUCACCAAGUCCGGCUCCCUGAAGAUCCAUGGCCUGGAGGCCACCGACAUUGGGGUGUAUCGCUGCGUGGCUGGCCCAGCUGCAGAGACCUUCAUUCUGAAGCUCAUUGGGAACGACAACCGGCUCAUUGAGCCGCCGGAGGGGCAGGGCCUCAAGGUGGGGCACGGCAGUGGGCUGGCUAAGCUGGACCUGAACGAGGCCAGCCGCCUGGAAGAGAAAUGGAACCGGAUGAGCAAGAUGUGGCAGAACUGGAGUCAAAAGAAUGAAUUUUCUCUGGAUGACAGCCAGGCCCAAGACAGGGCCUUUCUGCAGGUCCUCGGCAACUACCUGAUGAGCUCAGUGCAGCCAAGCCACUCCCUGCCGUUGCCGGAGAAACACCUGGAGGCCGCGAUUCUUCAAGGUGCUUACAGUCUGGAUCCUGGGCAGUUUGAGGAGCUGGUGAGGAACAUCAGCCAGCUGGCUGAGAAUGGGGGGGUGGAUGAUGACCUGGCCUCCAGGCUCAUCCACAAAUUGCUGGCAGAGAUGUUUGGGCCCGAAGCUGCCUCAGAGAAAUGGAAAGACACCGAAGAGGAAAAAUCUCUGAAAGGCAAGCUCCUUGAUAAGAUACCCAAUUCGUCAGAGCGUGUGAUUGAAAAAGACCCAGGUGGAGGGGGGAAGCCUGCUAUCAUCCAACACAAGCUGAACCCUCUGAUGACCUUCCAGAAAAGCAUCAAUAUAAGCAUAGGGAGAAGCGCCUUCCUGACCAGUGCCACAAAGAGCGUGUUUCUGCUGUGUGCAGCCCAGGGUAUGCCGAGACCACUGCUUUCCUGGGCCAAGGAUGGAAAGCCACUACAAUUUACAGAAAGGGUGUCAUUGGAUGGCGCUGGAGGACUGCGCAUCUCUGACCCCGGUGUGGGAGACAUGGGUAUCUACAGCUGCUCGGCCACAAACGAGCUUGGGUCCGACACCGAGAGCUCACAGCUGCUGCAGGCUGAACCACCGAAGAUUGGGGCCUCUGGGAGGAACGUGUCAGAUCUGGAGGGCAGCACACUGAAGGCUGUGGUUGGGGGCAGGAUCAAUGUUCGGCUUGGAGCCAACGUUACUCUGGAGUGUCCCGUGGAAGGUGUCCCCCUGCCAGUGGUAACCUGGCAUAAGAAGGAAGGCCAGAUGACUGCAAAUGCUCUCCCUCUGCUCAACGGUUCCCUGUUGCUCCACAACGUUUCGGCCGAGAACUACGGGACGUACUCGUGUGUGGCCUCCAAUCCUUUUGGAAAGUCUCUGGCCUCCGUCGUCCUCCACGUAUCCGCAGGAAACGCCCUGGGCAGGUCUGUGGAUCGGACCGCAAGCAGAAAGAGAGUACUGAUGGCCUCCCGCACGGGCACCAGCGUCACCAUCAGGCCCGGGGACAUCCUGCGCAUAGGCUGCCCUGUGCUUCCCGGCCACAGAGACCCGGUGAAGUGGUACUUCCAGAACCAGACCGCUGAGGCGGCCCCGAGUCCGCAGCACAGGGCGCUGGCCGGGGGACGGGUUCUGGAGGUGAACACGCUCCUCGGCCGGUUCGACGGCAGCUACAGAUGCCAGACGUCCUCCGGCUCGCAGCCCGUGUCCGCCUGGGUCAACGUCAGCCUCGAAGAGCACGCGUGGAGUUUGGGUGACUGGACGGCGUGCAGCUCCAGCUGCGGAAACCGAGGCACUCAGUCCAGGAGGGUGCGCUGCGUCAGCCCCGCGGGACAGGAAGUGGCCCCGUCAUCAUGUCACCACCUCCCCAGGCCCGCCUCCAGACCUCAGCCCUGCAAUGUGCAAGACUGCCCAGCCAGCUGGGUCUCCACCGCGUGGUCCAAGUGCUCCACCUCCUGUGGGCGGGGCUCUCGGCAGAGAAAGGUCUACUGUCAGCAGCUGGAGGCAACAGGCGUGGUGAAGGUGCUGCCGCUGUCUGCCUGCAGGAGGGAGAUGAGGCCCACAGACAGGGAAGAGUGCCAGUCAGACACCUGCGCAGACUGGCAGGCCAGCCCCUGGGGACCGUGCUCUGGGCGAUGCCUUGGCCCCGCCCUAACAGUGCAGAGCAGACCAGUGGUAUGCAAGCAUCUGAAUGGCUCCACCCUCCCGGAAUCUGGUUGUGAUGAAAGAGACAGGCCCCUGUCUGUGCGGAACUGCUCCUCGGAGAUGUGUGACGUGCAGUGGAAGACCGGGCCCUGGCGAGCGUGCACAGCGGCCUGCGGGAGUGGGUUCCAGUCCCGCAGGGUCGAGUGCGUCCACAGGAGGAACGACAAGACCCUCGCGGACCAGCACUGCGCCUGGCAACGGCGUCCCAUCACCUGGCAACACUGCAGCGUCACCUCCUGUGGCAGUGAAUGCAAGGACACGACUCACUACUGCUCUGUGGUGAAGAGACUCCGUCUCUGCCGCGUGGGUCUGUACAAGCAGAGGUGCUGCCAGUCCUGUGGGGAGGAAGCACCAACCACACAGUGAUUGGAAACAACUGACUGCCCAACUUGGAGGGGGUGGGGGUGGGGGGGCGCUUGGGGGAAUUUGAGUUCACGCGUAGACGUAGAUUUUUGCAUUAAACUGCAAUUUUCACUGUCUAAAACCAGAUUGCUCCUUCAGAGUUUGAUAAAUAUACUGGAAAAUGCUGUUGUUGCACCUCUGUUGAAAGAUACUGCUUGUUAAGGAGGACCAGAAUUCACCUUCAUGAUCUUUUGUCUUCAUAAUUUUCAACUGACAGAAGAAAAUCUAAACGAAGGAAAAAAUGGACGUUGCCCUUUGUCGACGCUUGUGAGAGGAGGCGAAGGGACUACAGAUGGAGAUGGAUUUGGGACCCUUUCUCAACAUUAACCCAUAAAACGCUGUCAACAGCUCUAGACGCAUGGCAUGUCUGGCCUUUGUUAUUUUAAAGCAGCACUUAACAGACAACUAAAUGAAUAUUGCGUAAUGUGUGUUGCAUCCAUUUUGUGUUAGGUGAUGAAGUGAUGUCGCUAUUAUAUGAUACAGUCCUUCUUUGAUAGUAUCUUCUGUUACAAGAGGAAUUAAGUUUCCUGCCAUCUGAGAUCCUCCCUAAUCAAAUACUUAAAACCUAAAGCUUGAGUCUGUUGAUUUGCUAUGGGUAAAAAACAUGGUCCACAGUUCAAUACUUUAACUGCAUGUCUUUGUUAUUGGUCAUUUGUUAAUAUGAUGUCUGAGAUGGCUUAUUGUGUGAUCAGAUUAUUUUCUGACCACGCCACAUCAACAAAACAAUUAUGGGGACAUACAGUAGAAAGAUUUACGUUCGGCGGAUUGGAGAUCCGGCUUUUGUCCUUUUAAGCAUUUAGACAAGCCCAUUAAUAUCCAUCUACAGCAAAGAAAAUGCGUUUGAACCCUUCAAAUUUUGCCAACAUUUUCAUUCUUUUCUAGCUACUCAACAGUAGCUAGAAAUAAUCACUACAAUGCAGCCUUGGUAACUUUUUGCUGUAGUAAUAAAUAAAUUGGCUGUAUGUAGUCCAUACAUCUACGAAUAUAUAUUGUUCUGAAUUUAGACUAAAGGGUAAAACCAUUUAUUUAUGACCAUUCACAUGUGUGAAGGGAUGGUAAAUAAUGAUACCAGUAAAAAAAAAAAGUCUACAUAAUGUAGCUGAUAACAAUUCAAGUAUUUAGGAGAAUGUCAGACUCUGAUUGAUGUAGAAUUGACUGAAAUCUUGCCCAAUAGCUAAAUGCUAAUGUGUGAUUUAGCCCGCAGUGACACCUGAACAGCUGGUUUCACAGACAGAUUAAGCUUAGUCCUGGACUAAAUUGAGUUUUGUAUGGAGAAUCUCCAAAACUGGCCCAAUAUAUUUGUAUGUAGCAGACUUCAGUGUGUAUGUCCAUGAAGGACAAUGACAUCACAUUCGUGCAAGGGAUGUGGGUCAUUUAUGCAGAGAGAUAAUCUUGUCUGUUGAGAGUUGUGCCUUGUGGUUGCAAAAGGUAACAUUUCAAUCACUGCCUUGAACACGCUACACACUACAGCUACAUGUAUACCCAUGUUCAAAAUUAGUUAUCAAUAGAUCUUAAUUGCAAAGAGAAACAUUUGUGAAUGACAAAACAACCGUACAGGUAUGUACACACAAUUGGAAUCUUAUCAGUGUUAAAGUUAUGUUUGUCUUCAGAAAGGACUGCUUCAAUUGAAUUAUAUUCAGUACAAAGCAAAAGCAGUCUACAGUAUGGUACAAAAACACUGCAAUGCCAUGCAUAUAUGCAUGCAUUUUUCUUUCUGAAUUCUAAUAAAGGGUCUCUUUUUAACCUUUUUUAUAAUAAUGUAGUGUAUUGUAAAAUGUUCUGUAUAUAUUAUGUUUAAAGUGCAAUAUUGUACAUUGAGUGUAGAUUUUUUGGACUUUAUUUUCUUACCACCAAAGUUACUGUUUUACUUGUCUUUUUACUUUGUAUUUAAGAUUUGAGGAUUAACCCUGCAUUUAGCACUUAACAUGAUGUGUCAAUGCGUUUCAAUUUUUCCCUUUUGUCUCAUAUGCAUGCAGUUCAGAAGUAUUAUAGAAAAUGUCUUCUAGAACCAUAACUGUUAUCAAAAAAUACAAAGCAAUGGAAUGUAUACCUAAACUCAACAUUUCUCCAUAUCUAAUGCCAUUUAUUGUUACAUGUCUUGAGUAUUGAAAUAGAUACAGGAUGUGAAAGGAUUGAUAAGAUGCAGAAACAAAAUGCUGGGACAAAGUAAAGGUAUAUAAAAGUGCUAUAGGAACCAGUACUAAGAAAAUAAAGACAAUCUUAUCA